AUGGCACUGAAAACGACUAUUAUUUGUGUGCUUGUACUGGCCGUGACCGUUGUAUCCUGUGUACGUUUAAGAACCGUCUCUAGCACAUUUGUUUGCAAGCGGUCCAACCGACAGAUACACAUAUAUCGACCGCAAGGGUUGGUGGUACAGCAACGCAUCCGAAAACAUCUGCAGUCGAUGAAUUUAGAGGUGUACAUUAAUAAAAAGUAUCAGCCAAAUCCCUCGUGUGACAUUUGCGUGAAUGUUACGGUCAUAAACGAAAGAAAAAAAUGGUUAACCAUAAAGGUACCCUCGGUAGUAGUCCUUCCACGGGACACAGUUCAGUACUCCAUCACCAAACACUACCGAUUUGGUCCUCCGAAGCGAUUUACCUGCGAACUCCAUGUCGGAGAACGCAUGAAGUUUGUGCCUAAACGGUCCUGCAACGGGUAUCGUCCCAAAACUACUCAACCGAGUGAAAAGCGCAACUAUGCCGCUGAGAAAGCACUACUAGAGGAAAUGAUCAACGAUCUUCUCUCAUCCUGUGAGGCUAGGGACGAGUCGAAACUGCUCGUCUUGGCCGAAAACCACGAGACCAUUGAAUCUGAAGGAAAGGCACUAAAACGAUACGUAGUUCAACGGCUUAAAUCACUGCUGCCAUCGGUAAAUUGGCACGAAACGAUUGAAAACGUUUCCGGUUCCCAGAACAGAAUCGUGUUCGAAGUGAGAACGGUACUGAUGAAGCUGAAGAUUCUUCACAGCAUCCGGGGCACGGAUGUGGCCAAAAUAAUUACUGAUUUUGAAGAAUUUGGUCGUUCGGCUAAGGAUUAUGACGAUUAUUAUGACGAUGAUUAUGAGGAUUAUGAAGAGAUACUAUAA